UCUAUCCACGAUGUAACUAAACGCUAAUGUCAAAAGCGAGAAUCUGUGAUUGGGGAUUUUACUAAAAAUAAGUAAAUUUGUUGGAGAAAAUGAGCUGAAAUAGACUAAUUUCUUGCGUAAUAUUUUUGGUACUUCUUCUUAAAACUGCUCAUAAUAAAACUGAAGAGCCAUGGACUUCUUUUCGGAAGUUAUCGGCGAAACAGUGAUCCUUGGAAUAGACAGUCUUAUUUUGGGGUUUUGUGUGAAACAGCUGAGUAAAUGUAAACAUAUCCUGAAUGCCUUACAGACCGCUCCAGUUCUGGACAUAGACCAGACAUUAAACAAAGAAAUCAACAAGUACUCCAACAACACCAUCCCGUAUGUGGUGAUCAGGGGACUGGUGAAGCCUCUGGGCAACCCCAUCACAAGCAACUAUAACAACUCCGUCACCGGUGUGGUACAGAGAUUGACUAUCAAAGAGCAUGUGAUAGCGAGGACAUCGGCAGGCUUCUGGUCAGACCAGACUCGCACAAUACAUGAGGUGUGCAACUCCACACCUUUUGUGCUCAGCAAUGGAAAGUACAGCAUUGAGGUGGUGGAUGCUCUCGCUGCAGAGUUACUUGACAUGGACGUCAUAUCAGAUAAGUUUGAGCCAAUGUCACCUGGCGUCAUAGACCAUGUAUGGGGGUUCUUCUCUGGCGUCCGGCAACGAGGUCUCCAGACCAUGGAGGAGAUGUUGAGGGACGGCUCUUACAUCACGGCUAUAGGAGAGCUCAGCCGAAGCAGCAGUGGUGAAAUGAAAAUACAGCCACCCAAGGAUGGCCUACCCUUAUACCUGACAACAGCUACCAAAUCAACUUUACUGAAACGCCUUGCUAGUUCAAGAGACUUUUUGAGGGUACUUCUUAUAUUAUUCGGCACGGUAGCUGCGGCGGCAUCGUUCCGCAUGGCAUAUAAGUACAUGAAGCGUCGCAAGCGCCGUGCGAUCGAAGAUUCCAUGAAGAAACAGCUCGCGGCCGGCCGCCGGGAGCGACGGGCGCAUGCGCGAGAGAAGAACCUAACUGAAGUGCAGCUGUGUGUAGUUUGCACAGAAAAUCCGAAAGAGAUUAUCCUUCUCCCAUGCGGCCAUGUGUGUCUCUGUGAGGACUGCUCAGACAACAUCAAGGACUAUUGCCCCAUUUGUCGCGAAAGGAUAGACUCCAGAGCGCCAGCAUUCAUCACGUAGAUAGAUAACGUACUUUUAACACAUGACUAAGUUUGUACAGCAAAACAGCAUAAAUUAAUAUAUUUUAGAUGCACAUUUUAACAUAAUAACAUAGCUGUCUUCAAAGCAUUUUGUCAAAUGUAGGCGACUGUUGAUGUGAGUGUAAUAGAAAUGUUCUGUUAUUUUAUUACAGUUCUUUAUUAUACUUAAUAAGUAGUAAAAUAAUUGAUCAGCUAUGUACUUUUAAUAAUAAAUUAUCUGACUUAUUGUGGCAGUGUUUGUACAAAUGUUUAUCGACAUGCUGAGGUGCUCACGGCUCCGGGAACCCUGCAUUUGCCUUUAUUGAAGUAUUGCUUAAUAUAAAUUGUAAAAAAUGGAUUGGAAACUCAUGGAAAUAAUAUUGUUAAGUCUAGUGGUGUGAUAAAUGAAAUUAAUAAAUGUUUUCAAAAUA